UCCCUCCCUCUCUCCCUCCCUCCUCCCGCUCGCUCUCCUCGCUAUAGAGGGCUCCCCCAGCACUUCCCAGCCAGUGUGUUCAGCCUGCCUGCCUGCCUGCCUCUGUGUGUGUGUGAGAGUGUGUGGUGCGCCUACUUUGUACUGUGGGGAACACUGCCCAUGUGCUCUGCAUGGACGUUACUGAUACUCUGUUUAGCUUGAUUUUCGACAAGCAGGCAAGAUGUCCAGCACACCACAUGACCCCUUCUAUUCUUCUCCUUUCGGCCCAUUUUAUAGGAGACAUACACCAUACAUGGUACAGCCAGAGUACCGAAUCUAUGAGAUGAACAAGAGACUGCAGUCUCGCACAGAGGACAGUGACAACCUCUGGUGGGAUGCAUUUGCCACAGAAUUUUUCGAAGAUGAUGCCACACUAACUCUUUCAUUUUGUUUGGAAGAUGGACCAAAACGAUACACUAUCGGCAGGACCCUCAUUCCCCGUUACUUUAGCACUGUGUUUGAAGGAGGGGUAACCGACCUGUACUACAUCCUCAAACACUCAAAGGAGUCCUACCACAACUCAUCCAUCACAGUGGACUGCGACCAGUGUGCUAUGGUCACACAGCACGGGAAGCCUAUGUUCACCAAGGUGUGUACGGAAGGCAGGCUGAUCUUGGAGUUUACCUUUGAUGAUCUCAUGAGAAUAAAAACAUGGCAUUUUACCAUUAGACAAUAUAGAGAAUUAGUCCCAAGGAGCAUUCUAGCCAUGCACGCACAAGAUCCUCAGGUCCUGGAUCAGCUGUCCAAAAAUAUCACCAGGAUGGGUCUGACAAACUUCACCCUCAACUACCUCAGGUUGUGUGUAAUACUGGAGCCCAUGCAGGAGCUGAUGUCAAGACACAAAACCUACAACCUCAGUCCUCGAGACUGCCUGAAGACCUGCCUGUUUCAGAAGUGGCAGCGGAUGGUGGCACCGCCAGCAGAACCCACAAGGCAACCAACAACGAAAAGAAGAAAAAGAAAAAAUUCGACCAGCAGCACGUCCAACAGCAGCGCUGGGAACACCACCAACAGUGCGGGCAGCAAGAAGAAGGCGCCAGCCGCAAGCCUGAGCCUGUCCAGUCAGGUACCUGAUGUGAUGGUGGUAGGAGAGCCAACUCUGAUGGGAGGUGAGUUUGGGGACGAGGACGAAAGGCUAAUCACUAGAUUAGAAAACACGCAGUAUGAUGCGACCAACGGCAUGGACGACGAGGAGGACUUCAACAAUUCACCCGCCCUGGGGAACAACAGCCCGUGGAACAAUAAACCACCCGCCACGCAAGAGGCCAAAUCAGAAAACCCCCCACCCCAGGCUUCCCAGUAAUGGGCCACCCACAGCAGAUUCUCUGUCCCAGGCCCGCCGGGUAAAAUCCCAUUGCAGAUCUUUCUAUCAAGAGAGGAAAAUGGAGAGAUUAAAAACAAAAACAAACAAAAAACUUUUCCAUGCAAAAACCUAUUUCUAAACCACAAAGAUCUGAUUUUCUUUCUUGCAUUUUCUUUAAUUGAGAGGAUCGUUCCAAGUUAGCCUCCCUGGGCCUUCCUCGGAGGCCUUCCCAGGAAGCACCGAUGCUGCCACUGAAGCUAAUUAGAGCGAGCAAACACUAGCGCACCUCCUGGCAUGGUCUUGCCUUCGGUUUGUGUUCAGUUCCCUGCUCAUGCACUCAACGAAGGCCAUGCUGUCCUUGUGCUCAGGAUGUCAUUAAUAUGCCGAACCCAACUUCAGAUGACUUUUUAAUAUUGUAAAAUACUUUCAGCUUUUUGACUUGCAUUUGAGAGUUUCUUGUUUCAGUAAAAAAAAAAAAAAAAAAAGAAAGAAAGAAAAAGAAAACAAAACAAAACAAUAAAAAAGAAUCAGCAUUUGAAAAGUAAUGUAUCCUUUUUGUUGUUCCUUCAUUUGUCCCAUUGGGCAGCAACAGCAAAGAAGGAAGAGAGGUAAUUUAUAGUCAGCCUAACGUUGAUUGGUUCUUCAGUCUGAGUUGGUUCAAUGUAGUCCAAAUGCUGAAACAAGAAAUCAUCAAAGACACCGGGGUAGAUUUUUUAUGUAAACACAGACUAUUAGACCCUGGAAAAUGUACGCAUUUGUAAAAUUGCUGUUGAUCCAAAUAUUUUCAAGCCAUGUACUCCAUUAAUUUUGUGGGCAGUUUAAUAAAUCUGAAACUUUUUGUAUUUUUUUUUUAUUGUAUCUGAGUUGACUUUUUUUCAUGGUAUAUUUCUUGUAUAAUAUUUUGUAAAUCCUUCAUUUGGUUCUUUUAUGGGAACUUUUCUUUGGGGGCAAUUCCAGUGUAUUUAUGUGAAACUUUAUAAGAGAACUAAUUUUCCAUUUGCUUAUUAAUAUGUUCCUCCACAUGUGUAAAGACACAGUGGCUCCGUGUGUUAUAAAACAGCUGUAUUUUAUGUAUGCUUUACUGGUAAAUGUGCCAAUAAUAAACUGUGUUAAUGACCAAAGUAA